GUGUUUAAUAUAAUUAAACCAAUUUAGCUACUUGCUCCCCCCAAAAAUGGAGAAAGCAAACGCCAAGUCAGCGCUCAAGUUUGUGAAGGCUGGUUCACAGUCUGCUGUUACAUGGAGUUCUACUGCUUCAGGAAUGGUGAGACCCCUGCACGCAAAAGAUCAGGAAGUGAACAAGUAUAAGGUUACACCAAAGGCGGCCACGACAAAGGACAACACGAAGCCGUUAGAGUUCACACUCCAUACUCAACAAAGAGCUGUGAAACGAGCUAUGUUCAACUAUUCUGUUGCAACCAAGUUAUAUCUCAUGGAGAUACACAAGAAACGAGUUGAGAAGUUGCAGAAGAUGUUAGAAGAAGAAGAGGUACGUUUGAUGAGAAAGGAGAUGGUUCCAAGAGCCCAAUUGAUGCCUCAUUUUGAUAGACCUUUCUUCCCACAAAGAUCAAGCCGGCCAUUGACAGUUCCAAGAGAGCCAAGUAUGAGAAUGGUGAAUGGGAAGAGCUGCAUUAUUAGUGGGAAUGAACUCUACGGUUUUGGAAACUCUCAUGCUAAUUGGAAUUCUAUUAAAUAAAAGCAACUGAUGAGAAUGCACCCAAAUAACUCUUCUUAAUGCUUCCUUCAUUAGUCUCAUAGUGUAGCUCUUAAUUACUAGAUUAAUUUUAAUGACUUUCAUUGUCAAAAUCUCCUCUAGUGAGUGUGUGUAAUAGUAGCAACUCCUGUACUAGUCAAAUAAAAGUGAAGUUUUGAUUUGAUUGGUGUAAAUCAUGUUUUGAUAUUAAUGGACAAAUUGAUUUUACCUGCA